CGACAAGAACCCAGCAACGAGAAUCAACAACAACAACAACUGAAUCCGCCAUAAAUAUAAAAGAAGAUAUUUUACCGGUGGGAAAUACACACUUGGAACCAGAGUGUGAUUCCCAGUACUUGAAAUGGCCACCUCAGGCUACGUAGGUGAGAUCCAGCCGGGAGCCCAACCCCAGGGGGUUGGUGUCACUGUCACAUCUGGGCAACCGGACGCCGGCUCCAGCCCUGCGACUGCCCCCCAGUUUCUGGCUGAGAUUCAGACCACUGUAGCCACCUCCACAGUUGUCACACCCACAGGCCAAACUACCCCCACUGAACAAACCACUUCCAUCACCACUCAGAAGCCUACUGCUGGUAGUCAGGCCCAGUCCACGGCACAAGCCCAGCCAGCUCAGACACAGUAUGUGACCGCAGAGAUCCAGGGCUCCCCCACACAGUCUGGAAAUACUCAAAGCACUCCUCAGUACAUCGUUGUUACUGUCACAGAGGGCUCCCUUCACUCAAGUGACAGUGUGUCAGACUCUAGUCCUCCUCCAGCAGUGGUGCAGACUGGAGUGCCCACGCAGGUUGUUCAGCAGGUACAGACAGCUCAGCAGAGGUCUGUGGUGCAGGCCACUUCUCAAAUAGCCAAGACUGAGCCAGGCACCCAGCUCAGUGUCACCAGUCUACAGCCUGUUCAUAUCAGCCCAGAGGUCCAGCAGCAGCUCACAUCAGUGCCAGUGCAACAUGUGUACACCAAUCAAGUGCAGUAUGUGGAAGGAGGAGACACGAACUACACCACCAGCACCAUUCGUUCCAGCGCCUUCCCUUACACCGACACACCCCUGUACACCCAGACCACAGCUGCCCAGUACUAUGAAGGUCAGCCAACCUCAGGGUCACAGGCUUCCACCCCUGGCACACCUCUAACAGUGUCUGUGACUACUGGAACAACAGGUGGCGUGUCUAUGUUUGUGGCCCAGCCUACCAGUGCUGCAGGGGGAGGGGCCACAGUGGUGUCCACAGGUGUAACUACCAAUGGGGCAGGGGAUGGGGCAGGCACCAAUGGUGGGGCCACAGGAAGUUAUGUGAUCCAGGGGGGUUACAUGCUGGGCAGCAGCAGCGGAGCGGCAGCUGGCAACAGUCAGAACUACUCACACACCGCCCGCGCCUCCCCAGCCACUGUGAGUAUUACAGAGGGCGAGGAGGGUAGCGUGCCGUCGGCAGACAAAAAGGUACAGUGGUUGCUGGACAACUAUGAGACAGCUGAAGGCGUGAGUCUGCCACGUUCCACACUCUACUGCCACUAUCUGCUGCACUGUCAGGAGCAGAAACUAGAGCCUGUUAAUGCCGCCUCUUUUGGGAAACUCAUUCGAUCUGUGUUCAUGGGUCUGCGUACACGACGUCUGGGCACACGCGGUAAUUCUAAAUACCACUACUAUGGGCUGAGGAUCAAGGCAGGCUCCUCUCUUCUCCGCCUGAUGGAAGACCAGCAACAUCUGGCCAUGAGGCAGCAGCCCUUCUCACAGAAACAGAGGUUGAAGCCUGUGCAUAAAGUUGAGGGAAUGACCAAUGGGACAGCAUCAGGAGUAGGCCAGCAGCAGCAACAGCAGCAGGGGUCAGGGAAUGUCGACAUCAGCACCCAGGUUCAGCAGUACCAGCAGUUCCUAGAUGCAUCCAGAGCACUCCCAGAAUUCCCAGACAUUGACCUCCAGGGGAAAUCUCUACCAGAGGGCAUUGAGCUUGAACAUAUAAAGAGCUUUCAGCUUCUGUACAGAGAACACUGUGAGGCCAUACUGGAUGUGAUGGUCAACCUGCAGUUCACCCUGGUGGAGACCCUGUGGAAGACCUUCUGGAGGUUCAGCCAGAGUCAGGCGGGAGAUGCCACCUUGGCUGUUCAUGAUGAGUCAGAGAAGCGUCUCCCUAAGUCCUGCCUGGUGUUGCUGUGCAAGUAUGAUCCAGUGCUGCGCUGGAGCCGUGACUGUGACAACAGCCUGUACCAGGGCCUGGUGGAGAUCCUCAUUCCUGAUGUCCUCAGGCCCAUCCCCAGUGCCUUAACUCAAGCCAUCCGGAACUUUGCCAAAAGCCUGGAGAGCUGGCUGACCAACGCUAUGAUGAACAUCCCAGAGGAAAUGGUCCGCAUCAAGGUAACGUCCGCUAAUGCAUUUGCCCAGACACUGCGUCGCUACACUAGUCUGAACCACCUCGCCCAGGCAGCCCGUGCCGUCCUCCAGAACACAGCCCAGAUCAACCAGAUGCUCUCUGACCUCAACCGUGUUGACUUUGCUAAUGUCCAGGAGCAGGCUUCAUGGGUAUGUCGAUGUGAAGACCGUGUUGUUCAGCGGCUAGAGCAGGACUUCAAGCUUACUCUCCAGCAGCAGAACUCCCUGGAGCAAUGGGCUGCGUGGCUGGAUGGUGUGGUCUCCCAGGUCCUCAAGCCCUACCAACACAGCCCUACCUUCCCUAAGGCUGCCAAACUCUUCCUGCUCAAGUGGUCCUUUUACAGUUCCAUGGUGAUUAGGGACCUGACCCUGAGGAGUGCAGCCAGUUUUGGUUCCUUUCACCUGAUCCGCCUGCUGUAUGAUGAGUACAUGUAUUACCUGAUAGAGCACAGAGUAGCCCAAGCUAAAGGAGAGACCCCGAUUGCUGUCAUGGGAGAGUUUGCUAGUUUAGGCCGGGGUCUAAACCAGCUGGAUCCUGACAAAGAAGAAGAAGAGGAAGAGGAGGAGGAGAGUGAUGAUGAGGGUCAGGAACUGUCCCUCCCCUCAGACGGCGUGGUGCUCGGAGACGAGUCUCUGGAGCCCCCUGCCAAGCUGGCCAGGACUGACCAGAGAGUCCUCUUCACCACCGGCUCAGCUGACAACUUAGCAUAGACUAACGCUACUGGACGUGGGUCUCAAUAUUGAUAAUACACACACACACACACACACACACACACACACACACACAUAGAGAUGUACAAAGAACACUAAUUUAUACUUGUCAAUUUAUUUGUCACAUGUAUAUAGAUCUUGUAAAUGUGUGCGCAGUCAGUCCUGCAUACUGUAACUCUCCCACUUGUUUAUGCACACACAGUGGAAACACACACCCACUCAGUACUGCUGCUGCCUGGAUGGCACAAAACACCUGUUGGCGCUAUUGAUUGAAUACGCAAUUAUUGGAAUUGCGAUAGGAUAAACACCAGAAUCUCUUGGUGCAAAGAGAGAGACACACACAGAGCAUUUUAACCUUCAGUUGUUUGGAUCUGUAAAAAUGAACUGAAGCCAGGCAUGUGUUUUAGUUUUUUUUCUCCCAUCACAUUGCAACCCGUAGCCUCGCUGUGUCCUUGCUGAGAAACUUGUGCUCACCCUAGAUCCUCCUAAAACUGUCACUGCCGUAUCAAAGUGGUCUUGAAAAUACUGUGAUGUGUGUUGUGCGUGCGUAUGUGUGUGUGCGUGUGUAAAGGUAACUUUUACAGGAGGAGGACUCAAAGUGGAACCUCAGCAGUAAACGGUUGCUGAAUCUAGUUGUUACUUAUUCAUAAAAGGCAUUCGUUUUGUGGAAA